AUGGCUCCACUUCGUGAUCUAUCUCUUGCCGAUUUCAUUCAGAAGUACACCGACAUGUGCAAUGAUGAAUGGUAUGAAGACCAAGACCGUGAUCUAGUCAACUUUGCGCUUUCCGGCAUCGACUUGCAAGAUGAAGAAGCCCAUAUUCGACUGAAUCUCAUACUUAACCACCGCCUCCGCCCGAAUGCUGCUAUUCCCACUUUGACUCGCGAUUACGACUCUUUCAUAGGCUUUACGCACCGAAUUCCCAUUAGACGUGAUCUUUACGUUUAUUGCUUGCCGCCGCCGCACAUUUCAACCAUUUACGCCAAAAUGCAUGUGCAAGUCCAGUUUCAUACUCCUCAGGGCCUCCGAAGUCUGGAUCCAUCGAAAGUGCCCAAUAUACUACUUGCAAAGUUCAAUGACCGUCAUCAACUUCGUCUAUUCUUCCCCCAACUCAUGUCCGAUGAGCGAGAGAGUCCCGUUAAAUUGUCCAUGGCGGAAUCUGACGAGUUAUAUGACACCAUAGUCCGACCAACCAUCACAACUAUAGCACCGCACCUUGCUAAAGACUGGCCAACCACUGCACGUGCAGAACGCUUUCGCGCGAACAACACUGGCCGUGGUUAUCAAACGAGCGCAUAUAUAAUCAGCAGCAAUCUACUCCCUUCGUUCAAACGUGAACUCCACCGCCGACUACAAGAACAUCCUCGCUUCCGCUAUUGUUUGUUCUGCACGCAUAUCCAAGGAAUCAAAGGCUCUACCGUCCAUGAUAUGUCACAUUAUGAAGCUGAUUCGGCUAUGGCAAGGAUGUUCGAAGACUUCGACACUCGACAAGGGCAGUGGUGGGUGGACGUUGGCAUCGAGCUUCAAGAUGGGAACCGUGCUAUCGUUUGGCGAAAGGAUGCAGCUCAAUCGCUUAUUGCAUAUGUGCUACAGCUCACGCUCGAUCAGGCAGGAGUAAUCGCGAGAUCGCGUAGAUUCGAAUACGACGUCAAUGCGCACUUGCUUGAGGUGGCAGGGUUCCGCGUCUCCUUCAGGUCUCCGAUAGGCGAAAUGGAGGCCACAUACAUGCAAGCGUACACCACGGACAAGAGCUUAACUUACCACAAGUUUGGUUCCCAGCACUCGCAGAACAUCACUGGGACCAUGGCCAUGGAAGGAUUUCCGCCGAAAUACUGUACAGAACUCAGUUCGGCAUACGAACAAGCCCGCAUGAAGAACGUCGCCGCUCGACUCGAAGUUAGGCUGCCUCUCCAGCACGCAACUAACUUCUUAGUUGAAUUCGACAUGAACACUAUCCGAGAAUCGGUUCUCAGCAUCCACCGAGAUAAUUUUUGGAACUGGAGGGUAGUGCGAAUGGAUGCCUUCGCGAGGCUACUCUCAGCGAUGAACGACCAGGCGCCAGACCAAUGCGUUUCAGCGGCGAUGCUCAGUACUUACGCGGCCACUGUAUGGAUGAUCAAUGGAGUUCACAGCAGGCCUGACAAUCAAACGGGCGGCCGGGCGUGCCAUGAUAUUGCACUGCCCAAGUAUGCAGAUUACACUCACGACGACUUAGUCCAGCUAGGCUAUGAUGACAAUGCAGUUGCGCACGUCUCGACCAAUACCACUGCUACCUUCUCCCCGUAUGGUGUCUUGUUCAUGCGCCGAAUCUACUUCCCCCCUGAAUCGAACACGGUGCGACUGGCCGUUGGCGACCGACUUCCACUGGAACAUUAUGAAUGGGUCUUCAACAAGACCCUACCAGAACUCCGUCGUAUGUUUGGCGCGACAGGGAUCACCAGGCGACGAGAUCUACCCCGUACACGGUUCCGCAUGAACAAAGGAAUGAGCCGCGCUCGUACUGGUCCGUCGACGAUUGACGUCCCGCCCAACUUUUUCGGCCUCGAGGCCGUCGAGGAGAUGAUUACCCAGGAAACGGGCCCCGACGUUGACGCUGCGACGCAUGUCCUUGAGGCCGCACCCCGUAAAACCGUGGAGCAGAAGGCACUGGAGCUUUGGCAACAGUUCCCCAGCUGCGUCCUUCAGAAGAUCGGCAACCCAAAAGACUGGGGACUCUCGAGUUAUUGUAGGCUGAGCCAAACGGAAAGACGGGUGGCAGGAAUCGAGAAGAUGAAGACGACUAAUCUUGCUGUCGUCUUCACGAGGGUCCAGGUAAAGGCGGCGACGAAGCAACAAUGGCAGGACGCGUUCAAUGCCAUCUUCCCUCCGAAGGGCCACGAUCUUCCGCCGAGCGCUCAAGGCUGGCCGUUUAUGAUCUACUACCAAGACUGGAAGGCCUUAUUAGCGUCGCUCAACGAAACCAACGCGAUGGAAGUCCGCAAAGUCAUUUGGAAGGAGUUCAAAAAGCUCACCUGGAUACCCAACGCGACCAACGACCGACCAUGGCGUUCGAAUCGCAUGGGUGCGCCCUGGGCUCAAUACCCUGAGCCUGGCAGCGAUCCCGACGAUCCCUUCGCGAGAGAUGGCCUAUCUGGACCUCAGAUACUGUGGACACCAUGGCUGGAAGACGCGCUGGUCUGGAACACAGCCGUCCCAGUGAUCCCCCGCAAUCAGGCUGCGGUGAAUCCACCUAGGGCUCCGACCAGUGCGCCUGGCACGCCUGGCCGCCCGCGUGUAGAAAGCGACGCGACACCAGGGAAUGACGCUGGGCGACAACCAAGCCCGGACUUCGAAGACUUUGGAGAUCGUCAUGGAGCACCAGAUGGCACGCCUGGCCGCCCGCGUGUAGAAGAGGAACCACGGCACGAGAGCAGCCACGAGAGCGGUUUCGUGGACGGGCAUCCAAGCCGCCCAAGCGUUGGGAGGGGACUUCGUGGAGCGAGCAUGAGGAGUGACAGGGGAGAGGGACCUUCGAGGUUGGGUCCUACCAUCGCCAACGCACAGAGGCAACGCCCUCAGCGCCAGAGUCUUGACAAGGGCAAAGGAAAGGCGCAGGCGCAGAGAGGAGGAAGGCGGCCUUGGCCGAAGGACAAGCCCUUCACUCUUGAAGCACUUGCAGCCUUUGCGGAAAGCACAGACGAGGAGGAUGUAGGCGCACCCGCUAGCAAACCAGCGGCGACUGGCCCCCAAGCGCCGACUGGACGCUACGUUCUGUCUAUGGACAACAUUCCAGAUUUCGACACAGACAGCGAAGAUGACCCCUUCGCCGAAGAGGCCAAGAAACUCGCAGCGGAAAUUGCGAACCCUGCCGCCAAGGCCCAUCGUCUUGGACCUCUUCCAGAUUUCGAUACAGACAGCGAAGAUGACCCCUUCGCCGAAGAGGCCAAGAAACUCGCUGCGAAAAAGGCAGUGAAUUCCGUUAAAAAGAAUGGUCGCGGUAAAGGAAAAGCUCACCCUGUGGCACGCAAACGCGCCGCUAAAUCCAAAGUCUUGAAACGAAAGGCGAGCGUUGAAGAAUCGGACGAGGAUGAAGGAAGUACGGAGGACGAAGAGGGCGCCCAUGGCCGAGAUAAGCCAAAGAGAAAGCGUACUAGAAUCUAG